AUGAUUAAAGUUAAUUCGGUUCAAACGUCGGAGAGCCAAGGCCCAGACCAAAAUGAAAAUGAAAAUAAGGAUAAUAAAAGCAUAAGGAUAUAUGCCGAUGGGAUAUAUGACUUACUACAUUUAGGUCAUAUGCGACAAUUAAAACAAGCCAAAUAUAUGGAUAAAAAUGUAACAUUAAUUGUAGGAGUUUGUAGUGAUAUAGAUACACGAAAGUUUAAAGGUCAGAUUGUUCAAACACUAGAUGAAAGAACAGAAACAUUGAAGCAUAUUCGAUGGGUUGAUGAAAUUGUAUCACCAAGUCCUUGGGUAAUUACCCCUGACUUUGUAGAAGAAUAUAAUAUUGAUUAUGUUGCUCAUGAUGAUAUACCAUAUGCUAGUAAUCAAAAAAAAAAAAAAAAAAAAAAAGGAAAAUCAUCUAUAACUGUAACAAAUGGAAAUAAUGGUAAUACAUGCGAGGAACAAACUGAUGAUGUAUAUGCCUGGCUUAAAAAAGCUGGUAAAUUUAAAGCUACACAAAGAACAUCUGGAGUUUCAACUACUGAUUUGAUUGUUCGUAUAUUAAAAAAUUAUGAAGAUUAUAUUGAAAGAUCUCUACAAAGAGGUAUACAUCCAAAUGAAUUAAACAUUGGAGUAACAAAAGCACAAUCCAUAAAAAUGAAAAAAAAUUUAAUUAGAUGGGGUGAAAAGGUUACAGAUGGAAUAACAAAAGUUACAUUAACAGAUAAACCAUUAGGUACCGAUUUCGAUCAAGGAAUAGAUAUAAUUAGAGAUAAAGCACAUGAGUUAUUUAAGUUAUGGCGACAUCAUUCAAAAAAACUUUUAAAAGAUUUUGCCAAAUCAUUUGAUCCCAUGUUUACUAUUAUUAGAAAAAAAAAUAAAAAAGAUAAUCCUUCUACUAUGUAUUUAUCGGAUUCAAAUAUUUUUCUAAGAACAAUGAAAGAACAUGCAAAAAUAAAAAAAUCAUUAAGUAAUACAAUAAACAAUAUAGAUGAAUAUUAUUAUUCGGUUGACGAAGAUUGGUCACGAAUUCAUAAUACUGUUUAUAAUGCUAUAAAUAGAUUUAAUCCUGAUAUUUAUAAUAAUGAUGCUGAUAAUUAUCAAACUUGUUUUGAAUUAGAGGCGUCCAUUAAAGAUAAACGAAAACAAAAUAAAAUGUUUUUGGAUUGUUAUAACGAUAGUUUAACUACAAAUAGUGAUAAAAAGGUUGGAUUUUUUAUUCCAGAAGAAAAUUAUAAACAUGAAUAUAAUCCAAACAAUGUAAGUAAUAAACCUUUCAAUUCUUUUGGUAAUAUAUAUAAUGAUAAUAAAAUAGAUGCUUAUAAUGCAACAACAUAUCAUGAUAUUCUAGAUGAAGAUGAAGUAUUUUCAGAUUGUUUCCUUAAAAAAAAUAAUGAAAGUUGUGAAAAUACUCAAAAUAAUAGUGAAGCAAUUGGAAAUGUAAAUUUUGAUAAUAGUAAUAGUAUAUUUAAUAAUAUAAGUAAAGAUAAUAAAAAUAAAACAACAGUCAAAGACGGAUACAAUACUUGCGUUGAACAUCUUCUUAAUGAUAAUAAAUAUAACCAUAUUAUAGUAAAUAAUAAACGAAAUUUAAAUAAAAUAAAAUCAGUAAACACAAUGAAGGCAAACGAAUUUAGUGAUACAAUAAAAAUUUCUGAAGAAGAUAAAAAGGCUAAUAAUAUGAAUAAUGAAGAUAGUAAACCUUUUAAUCAAAAUAGAAGUAAUGAUAUAAAUGAUGAUAAUGUUGAUAUCCAUGAAAAUGUAGUAGUUUAUGCCGACGGGGUAUAUGAUAUGUUACAUUUAGGACAUAUGAAGCAGUUAGAGCAAGCUAAAAAAUUAUUUCCAAAUACAACUUUAAUAGUUGGUGUUACUAGUGAUAAUGAAACAAAAUUAUAUAAAGGACAAAUCGUCCAAUCAUUAGAAGAAAGAACUGAGACUUUAAAACAUGUGAAAUGGGUAGAUGAAAUAAUUUCUCCAUGUCCUUGGGUAAUUACUCCAGAUUUUAUCGAAAAAUAUCAAAUUAAUUAUGUUGCCCAUGAUGAUAUACCAUAUGCAAAUAAUCAAAAAAAAAAAACAAAAGAUAAUAAUUCAAAUACCAAUAAUGGUAAUACAUGCGAGGAACAAACUGAUGAUGUAUAUGCCUGGCUUAAAAAAGCUGGUAAAUUUAAAGCUACACAAAGAACAUCUGGAGUUUCAACUACUGAUUUGAUUGUUCGUAUAUUAAAAAAUUAUGAAGAUUAUAUUGAAAGAUCUCUACAAAGAGGUAUACAUCCAAAUGAAUUAAACAUUGGAGUAACAAAAGCACAAUCCAUAAAAAUGAAAAAAAAUUUAAUUAGAUGGGGUGAAAAGGUUACAGAUGGAAUAACAAAAGUUACAUUAACAGAUAAACCAUUAGGUACCGAUUUUGAUCAUGGUAUUGAAAAUCUUCAAAUAAAAUUUAAAGAAUUAUAUAAAAUAUGGAAAAACGCUUCUCAUAAAUUAAUAAAUGAUUUUACUAGUAAAUUGGAUACUACUUAUUAUUUGGCAUCCCUCCAAAGUUUUAUGGAUAAUGAUUGUGAUCUUUAUGAUUAUGCCAGUAGCAAUUUUGAUGAUGAAACAAGUAGUUGA